UCCGAGGGAAUUGCGCUCUCCACUGAAAGCGUGUGACUUCAACAAGGAAAGGGUCUGGAGAGGGACUGCGGAUUUGUGGCCUUACUCCUGCGGGUAUCAAUAUGUCGCUUUCCCACCGUCCGCAAUCUUGACGCCCCUGAUAUAAAUAGGCGGCUUUCUCCUCGCCUGGGACUUCUCCUGGUCGUCGUUCUUGUCAUCAACAUCUUCAUGUGCAUUCGAGCUAUACAAUGAGGAGCCAGCGCCGCCCUAAGCGCAAAGCGCCUGACGGAGGAGAUCUGCCAUGGGGUGGGUUCGCAAUUGCAAAGAAAUCUCGCAUCCGAAAAGCAUGCAAUGAGUGCCGUACAUUGAAGACUAAAUGCUCCAUGGAGGCGCCAUGUACAACCUGUCGACGGCGAAAGGUCGAAUGCUCUUUUCUAAGAGAACCCGGAAAUGCCGACAGAUCUCUGAAUCCCGGGCAGAGCUUAGGCGUGGAAGUAAACCAGUUCGAAGGCGCAGUCAAUUCCAAAUUUCCAGGCCACUUGAGAAAGCUAUCGCCAAUGCUCAAUGAUUACAAUGCAUCUGUUACAGCUUCGGGGGAAGAUGCCGCGCUGCAACCAGAAUCCAGGUCUGAACCUCCAAUGACGCAUUGGGUAGUCUACGAACAAUUCAACUCGGGCAAAUUGGUUCACAGCGGUCUGUGGGGGUCAAAUUGUGUGCCCCUCGAUAGCGUGCUUGGUUCUCACGAGCUGACGCUUCAGGCCAUGGAGCGAUAUCAGUGCCUGCGUUCGGAGCGUGGUUAUCAUGAUGAGUACUUGAAUGCUCUGAUGAUGGUGUUUCCAAAUAUGGCGAUUCGAAUUUUCUACGUGGCUUACUUGGAUCAUUGCCCUCCUAAUCCUUUAACGCCUUUUUUGGACUCGGAGACAAUUCACAACGUCGACCUCACUCGUGUUUACUGUUGUACUCCAUCAGAAGUACUUAAGAUGGAUCAUCAUUUCAGUCAAUCGAUUCCAAGUAGAGAUAUGAGAAACUAGGUGAAGAGAAUGUCACCUUGAAGAUCUGCCCUUUACGGACCGUAGAAUGUGUGACUCCAACUUGACACUGGUCGCAGAUAAUGGCAGAACGUGAUGUCAAUGCCUACAACACAGAUCUCUCCUGCUCGGCCGGUGUCGGCUACGGAAGCCCGCUGUUUCUCUCUAUAGUAGAAGUCAUUUUACCAUCCCUGUCCAACUAUCCUCGCGUAAUUGGCAGCGACCUCAUUAAU